GGUUCUUCUUCUCUAAAGUUAUUGAGCUUAGUGAUACAGUCUUUUUUAUCCUAAGAAAAAAGAACAGCCAGCUCACUUUUCUACAUGUGUAUCAUCAUGGAACUAUGAUCUUCAACUGGUGGGCAGGAGUUAAAUUUGUGGCGGGAGGUCAAUCAUUUUUUAUCGGGCUGUUGAACACCUUUGUUCAUAUAGUGAUGUAUUCUUACUAUGGCCUGGCGGCCCUGGGGCCUCACAUGCAGAAAUAUCUGUGGUGGAAGCGCUACCUCACCUCAUUACAGCUGAUUGCUUCAAUACAGAUGUCCUGUCCAGUUUGUCUUGCUGACUAUUCACACUGGUUACAACCUCUUCACCGAGUGUGAUUUUCCUGAUUCCAUGA